AUGACCACCAAUGUGUUCAUACUGUGGGCGUAUAAUGAAAUCGACGAUGCACGUGACCCAAACAGCUUCAGCAAACAUUCACGUAAGGGGUACAGUAGUAGACCUCAUAGAAUCGCGGUCGAAACUAUUCCUACAGUCGAUGUUUCAAGUGAAGAAAGAACGAAUUUCAAAACAUUUCACCUGAGCACGCAGCCUCUCGCAACACUAAAACCGGCAAAAGCCUUAGGACUUCAACCAAACUUAAGCAUCAGGACCAUUGCAAUGGUCAUCACUCUGUACCUCUUGGUUCAACUGGUAUUCAAGUAAGUUAGGAUUUGUUGCAGGGAGCCGCCAAGAGGUUAAGAAAUCUUUCCAGCGUAAUUUUUGUGUGCGAAUACAACUCACCUUUGCUAACAUUUUACGACUUUGAAAUCAUGAAAAAGAACGAUUCAAGCGGGUCAUGAUUAUUUUGAAUUAGAAGGAAACCAAGUCCAGACAGGUUUCCAUCCGCAAACUGGCUUAUGUCUAAUAUUCACAAUUUGUUGCGUUAUUUUUAUCACGCGGAUGAAAUUAUUUACAAUCUAAGGUGUUUCCAUUUAAAAAUUUUAAUAACAACCAGGCUUAUCUGGCAAUUUACGAGAAGUCAUCGGUUUGUUUCUUCUUUAUCCAAAUUUUGUUUUACCACUACAAUCUUCAACUUGUUAUUUUAAUAAUAAAUAGAGAGAAAAGUAGUGGUAUUUUCAUCGUUUCUUUAUUCCUAAAUGUAAGCCUUAGUUAGAAAUUUGGAAUAAGGAGGGAAUAUCAAGCACAGACCGUGAUCUUGAUGCCUGAGCGUGCCGGGAUAUUUGAGAGAGAAAUAAAUGCUGGAACAAUCACAAGUGCAUCAUCAAUAAGCACUGAAUGCUGGUUGUUGUUUCCUUCCGAUCAACCAGAGGCAGUGAUAAUUUAUAAAACACGUAUCCAGCUGUUUUUAAAAAUCAAAUUUCAAUAAGAAACAUGUCUCUAAUAGGGCUCCUUCAAAACAGAAGUUCCUUUUCAUAUGUUGAGAUGGUUUGCUAUUUGGGUCUCCGUUGAUCACAGGGAAUCAGUAUGGAAUCUGUCUGGCGAUACUACUUAUACUCUUAAUAUAAUUUUAACAACUCCAGGUUUUCCUGAAUGUCUUUCUUUGCUUCAUGUAGAUAGUUACGAAAAAAAUUCAUCUCCUGCGAAAAUUGAAAUGCUGAGUUGCAGUUAAUUUUUUUCCUCCAUUAGAUCUAGAAAUAGGCCAUUUUACAGUUGUGUA